CUCGUCGGCGUGCUUUAUUUACGUUUCGUGUGAAAGUUUUUAAGGUUUAUCGUUGUAUUAUUAAUUAUGUCGGCGAAAGCUAUUCGUGAGUACGAUGGAAAGAAAAUUAUCUACAGAGCAUUUCAAGAUUUUGGAUAUAAUAGUAAUUCUGAGUUUAAGUCGGUGUUAAUUUCCCCUUCGACUUUGUUGACCCAUCUUCCGAAGGACCAUCCUUGGCUUACCUCCGAAAAACUCGUUGUUAAGCCUGAUCAGCUCAUCAAGCGCCGUGGAAAAUUGGGGCUGGUCAAAGUAAAUUUAACUUAUUCUGAAGCUUGUCAGUGGAUUGAAGAAAAGCGUGGAUCUGAAAUAAAAAUUGGCAAUCUUAAAGGAAAACUGGAACAUUUUAUUAUAGAACCUUUUUGCUCUCAUUGGCAAGAUGAAGAAUACUAUAUGAGCAUCUACAGUGUUCGUGAAGGAAGCAAAGUACUUUUUUACCAUGAAGGUGGCGUGGACGUUGGCGAUGUGGAUGUUAAAGCAGAAAGUGUUACAGUUUUUAGUGGAGAUCUGUUGACUGAUUCUCAUAUUUCAGUUCUUUUAAAGAACCUUUCGAAGUAUCAACGUGAACUUGUUGGCGUUUUUUUGAAAUUAAUCUUCAAUGUUUAUUAUGAAUUGCAUUUUACGUAUUUGGAAAUCAAUCCUUUUGUUGUAAAGGAUAACAAAGUCCAUCUUUUGGAUUUAGCCGCCAAGCUGGACGAAACCGCGCGCUUUGAAGUUGGCACCCGUUGGGGGGACAUUGACUUUCCCGCGCCGUUUGGGCGUAUGUUAACUACUGAGGAAGUUUCUAUUGCCGACCUAGACGCCAAGACUGGCGCCUCGCUUAAGCUGGUUGUCCUUAAUAAGCAUGGUCGUAUAUGGACGAUGGUUGCUGGCGGGGGAGCCUCGGUGGUCUAUGCGGACACCAUUUGCGAUCUUGGAUUCGCUAGCGAGCUUGCCAAUUAUGGUGAGUACUCUGGAGCGCCUAGCACUCAGCAGACUUAUCAGUAUGCCAAGACUAUUCUUUCUCUCAUGUGCGCUGAGCCUCAUUCCUCCGGAAAAGGCAAAGUUUUGAUAGUUGGCGGCGGCAUUGCCAACUUUACAAACGUUGCAGAAACUUUUAAGGGUCUCGUUAUGGCAUUGCGAGAGUUCGAUACUAGACUAAAAAGAGUGAACGGAAAAAUAUACGUCCGUCGCGGCGGCCCUAAUUAUCAAGAAGGAUUGCGUAUUAUGAGAGAAUUGAAUGCCGAGCUGUCCGUCCCUAUAGAAGUGUACGGACCGGAAACUCACAUGACUGCUAUCGUUUCUCUGGCUUUGGACCUUAACCAAAACGUCGCUCCCUGUCCGCCGGACGAUGACGCGUUUCCUUGUAGUCUAUUGAGUCUUGGUGACGUAAAGCCGCAGAACUCACAUGAGCGGAAGUCUCUGAAUAACCAGGAAAAAGAGGUAGUUAAUAGCCUACCCGCGGAGCCAAUUUCGUCCAAUAGCGCUUAUUCUGGAGAGCUUUUUACUCGAGACACCACCUGCUUAGUAUAUGGCAUGCAAACACGUGCUGUGCAGGGAAUGCUCGAUUUUGACUACAUGUGCUUACGUGAAAAGCCCUCUGUUGCUGGCAUGGUGUAUCCAUUUGGCGGGUUUCAUACCCAAAAGUUUUAUUGGGGUACCAAAGAAAUAUUGCUACCCGUUUAUCCAAGCGCGAGCUAUGCCAUUGAAAAGCAUCCCUCAGUAACUUGUGUCAUCAACUUUUCUAGUUUCCGCUCGGCCUAUGAUAGCACGUCGGAGAUUAUGAAAUACUCCAAUCAAAUUAAAGUCAUUUCUAUUAUUGCCGAAGGGAUUCCUGAGAAGCGGACUAAAGAGCUCAAUAGGCAGGCUAGGAUGGCCGGGGUGACCAUUAUUGGUCCAGCUACUGUUGGAGGCAUAAAGCCUGGUUGUUUUCGGAUAGGAAAUACAGGCGGCAUGCUGGACAAUAUUCUAGCGGCUAAACUCUAUCGCCCCGGCUGCGUGGCCUAUGUUUCCCGUUCUGGCGGCAUGAGCAACGAAUUGAACAACAUUAUUUCCAGAAACGCCGAUGGGGUAUUUGAAGGGAUUGCUAUUGGCGGAGAUAGGUUCCCUGGGUCGACCUUUAUUGAGCACCUUCUUCGCUAUGAAAAGCAAGAUGGCUGUAAAAUGAUGGUGCUUUUGGGCGAGGUCGGCGGGGUCGAAGAGUAUGCCGUGUGCGAGGCUCUUUCCUCUGGUGCCAUCACGAAGCCGGUUGUUGCAUGGUGUAUUGGCACUUGCGCCAGUCAGAUCGCCUCUGAGAUUCAGUUCGGCCACGCCGGCGCUCUUGCUAAUGAUGAGCAAGAAACUGCUGUCGUGAAGAACCGAGCUCUAAAGCAAGCGGGCGCACAUGUUCCUGAGAGUUUUGAUUCGUUGGGGACCUGUAUUCACGCGGUCUACUGUAAACUUUUGGCUGACGGCGUCGUGCAGCCAUUGGUUGAGCCGUCUCGGCCGACCGUUCCCAUUGACUAUGCGUGGGCGCAACAGCUGGGCUUGAUUCGAAAACCAACUUCCUUUUUGUCGUCGAUUUCUGAUGAACGUGGCGAGGAGCUUAUAUACUGCAACAUGACGAUUUCCCAAGUUAUGGAACAAAAUCUUGGGAUUGGCGGUACUUUGUCGCUACUUUGGAUGAAAAAGAGACUGCCAGAUUACGCUCAUAAAUUUAUAGAAAUGUGCCUUAUUAUAACAGCGGAUCACGGUCCUGCCGUUUCCGGCGCCCACAACACCAUCGUCACUGCGAGGGCUGGAAAAGACCUAAUUUCCUCCAUUGUCUCUGGAAUGCUGACUAUUGGAGAUCGCUUUGGCGGGGCAUUGGACGCAGCGGCCCAGCAGUUUUCGCAAGCGUAUGACAUGGGCUUAACCCCGUUGGAAUUUGUUAAGAGGAUGCGGGACGAAAAAAAGUUGAUCAUGGGCAUUGGUCACCGCGUUAAAAGCGUUAAUAAUCCUGACAAACGUGUCGAGCUCAUUAAGACUUUUGUCAAAAACCAUUUUGUGAAAACUCCUCUUUUGGAUUUUGCUCUCGACGUCGAAAAAUUAACAACAACUAAAAAACCAAACCUUAUACUCAACGUGGACGGAUGUAUUGGCGUUGCUUUUGUAGAUCUUCUUCGGUUUUGUGGAGAAUUUACACCUGAGGAGGCUGACGAGCUGAUUGGCGCAGGAAUGCUCAACGGACUUUUUGUUUAUGGUCGUACUCUCGGUUUCAUUGGCCACUUUCUUGAUCAGAAGCGCCUUAAGCAAGGCCUCUACCGUCAUCCGUGGGACGACAUCAGCUAUGUAAUGUCGGAAUUCAGCCAUGAAAAUUGAAGUAUUGAAUCAUCUGCACAAGUAAAAUAAGAUAUU